AAAAUCAUUAUCAACACUACUUUCCGCGAUUCACUGCUUCACUUGGGAUCAUCAUAACUAACUAUGCAGACGCUACUCCUGCCCGCCGUUAGCUCCGCCGCGGUGGCAGCAGCAACGACUGUGACUGUAGGUUCUGGGCUCCCACCCUCCCAACGCCUCCGUCUAACAGAUUACCGACUGUGCUGUCCCUCAAAUUAUCCUUGCAAAUUCACGCAAUCAAUGACAUUUUCCAGCUCUUCAUUGUUUUACAAUCCUCUUGAAACUAGAGAAUUGAAGCUUUCCUUCACCAAAACGAAUGCUUCUUCUCCAGUUUCUCCGGCUUUCACCCUCUCGAACGAUGAGGCGGAGAGGGCCAAGCUCGCUCAGGUUGCCAAGAGAUUGGAGAGAACAUCGAGAUAUUUCAAGCGGCUUGGUAGUGCAGGGUUUUGGGGGCAACUAAUAUGCACACUGGUAGCAGCUGUGAUUCUUUCGUUUUCUAUUGUAGUUACUGGGAAGAUAUCGUCUCCUGCAUCUUUUUAUACUACUGCUGGUGGAAUCGUAGCUGCACUCAUAUCGGUGUUUUGGUCAUUCGGGUAUAUUCGCCUUUCUGAUAAGCUCCGGAAAACUGUUAAUGAUCCUUCCAAGGCACCUCCUCGUGCUGAUGUCGUGAAGAGCUUGAAAAAUGGGAUAGUUGUGAAUCUGUUAGGAAUGGGUGCUGCUAUUCUUGGCAUGCAAGCAACGGUGGGUUUGCUGGUAGCAAAGUCUCUUACUUCCACAGCAAAUCCUUAUUACCAGGGAAUUUCUCCUGGUUACAGUCCAGUCCUUGCAUUGGAUGUAUUCUUGGUGCAGGCAUCUGCAAAUACAAUCCUUUCUCAUUUUCUUGGACUUGUUUUCUCGUUGGAGCUGUUGCGCUCAGUGACAUUGCCAGCUACAGUAAGCAUUCCAGUCCCAGGAGUAGCAUAAGCUUGUAGCCAAUUAUCAAGUGAAACACAUGAUUUUGUAGUGAUAAAUUUCGGGGGAAAAAAGGGAGAAGAAUGAGAGCUUUUUCUAGUUUGAAGGUCUUAUUUUUAGUUAAAAAUAUUAUAUAUUUUGUUAAUAAUCAGUUUUAGUUUAAUAAUAUUGAAGUUCUUUUUCUAAGAA